AUCGAGAUGUUAUAAUCUGAAAGACUCUGUGUAUCCUCCGUUUUUUAGGGCCUCAAUACAGAAACGAACAGAUAAAUGACAUAAACGCUGCAUUACAAGUAAUGAUAGCUGCAGGCUACUUCACAACACUAUUCCUAGUUGCCGAUAAAAUGUUCAGUUUCUUCAGAGCACUACAGCACAACACACCAGUCGACAUAGACCACGUGAUCAAGAAGUUCGAAAGGUUGUCCCUAUGGUACUACAGAACCACUCUGUUCAUGUGUUUCGUUUACGGCUUGGACAACACCAUCAAAGAUUCCAAUUGUGCCCUAAAAGACGUGGUAGAGGAAGGCUGGACCUUGGUUUGUGGUACCCAAUUGCCUGAGCUGUUUCCAGUUCGGCUGGGUGGCUUCCUCAAGGUCUGUUUGAAGACAAUCGACUGGUUUACGUUGAUGUGGAUGUUCCCUAGCGCGUUAGCCAUUCCGGCCUUUGGUCUUGGAAGUAUCGAUAUGAUUGUUGGUAGGGUCAGACAUCUGAAGAGGAUGCUUGCUAGGGUCAAGUUUCAAGGAGAAACUAAUGUGGAGUUGGCUAGGAGCCAAUUGAGGAACUGCAUUAAGUACUUCAUUGAGAUUAAAAGUCUUGUCAACAAUAUGAAUAGCUCUGUCAGUUUAUUGUUUCUACCACAAUACACCGUGAUGAGUACCAUAUUGGCCUUACUGGAGUAUCAAAUGAUUGUUCAAUUCAGUGCAGCAACAGUUAUAAGGUUUGCAGGUUGGGUAUUAAUGGAAAUCAUGAUAUGCAUUAAGGGACAAACUUUGUUGGAUGAGAGUUUAGAUUUGGCUCAGUGCGUCUAUGAUAUGGAAUGGUAUGAGAUGCCCAGGGAAUUGAGGAGUAUGUACAAGAUUUUUCAUAUGUCAGUACAGAAACCAUUACAUUUCCAAGCUAAACCUUUUACCUCAUUGGAUACUAAAUUCCUCAUGAACGUGUUGAAAAGCUCGUAUUCUUUGAUGAUGUUUUUCCGCACAUGGUCUGAUGAAAUAUGAAUUUUAAGCCCCAAAAUGAAACAAUGAAUGAUAUAUGACUAGAUAUAAGACAGCAAUUAUCAGACAUUGGUAUCACAACAGAAACACAAAAAAAUAACAAAUUCAUGAUAAUCCCAGUUUGGUUUUUUUACACUUCAACAUAAAUAAAGUUUAUGAAUCA